UGUGGUUUCCGACCAACCGGGGCCCGGGGGCGGAGCCCUACCGCCAUUGGGCUCUCUCACCACUCAAACUCAUCCGGAAACAAAAAAGUCAAAAGUUAGUUUAGUCGAGAGAAGAGAGAACGAUAGCAGUGACAAGUGAACGGUGGUGCGAAAAACGUCGAUCGUCUGGGCUUCUGGUCGGACCCGACACCCUACCCUACAGCUGACUGCUGCCUACAAGAGGACAGUGAGAUGGAGUAGUGAGUAUGCAGCCCUACACUUCCCCCGCCUGCGCUCCUUUCACACCCGCGGUUUCGUCCUCGGCUUCGGCGUGGCUGUCUUCUCAUCUCGCGCAGAUGAACACUGUUGAUGCAUGCGUCAACCAAGGUGAGCCCGGGACGGAUAAGCACAACUCCGAGAUCCACCCUCGGCUGGCUAACGUGACGGCAUCUCUGGAGAUGAAGUCACUCUGGGAGGAGUUCAACAUCCUUGGCACAGAGAUGAUCGUCACCAAAGCCGGAAGGAGGAUGUUCCCCACCUUCCAGGCGCGGUUGUACGGUUUGGAGCCGACGGCAGAGUACAUGCUGAUGAUGGAUUUUGUCCCCGUGGAUGACAAGAGAUACAGAUAUGCUUUCCACAGCUCGACAUGGGUAGUGGCGGGUAAGGCAGACCCCAUCUCCCCCCCAAGGGUCCACGUACACCCAGACUCACCCGCCUCGGGGGCUCAGUGGACCAAGCAAGUCAUCUCCUUCGACAAGCUCAAGCUCACCAACAACCAGCUCGACGAUAACGGCCAUAUUAUUCUCAACUCUAUGCACAAGUACCAGCCGAGGUUCCAUGUUAUAUACGUACCUUCUAAGGACGAAACUGUAGCUCCUGGCUGCCAGAACUUCAAAACCUUCAUCUUCCCGGAGACGAGGUUCACUGCAGUUACUGCAUACCAGAACCAGAGGAUAACGCAGUUGAAGAUAGCAAGCAAUCCUUUUGCUAAGGGUUUCCGAGACUGUGAUCAGGAAGACUGCGGUCCAGAGAUGACUCAGCUACACAGCCCGGCAGCGCACGCCUUGGCUCAGCGAGCGACACCUCUGCGGAAGAACUGUCCCCAAGGAGCCAAGGAAGGCGAGACGGCCGAGAGCGGGUGUCCGUCGCCGGUCAGACCUGUGUAUGGUGGAACUGCGGCAUACGGUCAGACCACAGCCGCGGCCUACCUGGCAGACUACGGUUACCACCUCCAGCCAUCCGUCUACUCGACGCCCUACGUUCCAGUUCAAAGUGUACCCAAAGUAAGUCAUGGAGGUUCAGUGCUGCCCCCUGUGGACUACAACCCCCAUAAUUACCAGACAAGCAACUUGUACCAGCCAACGUCUACCAGCCCUCAGAGUUCCUCCCUAACAGUCUUUUACCAUGACUACACUCCCAGAUAGAUAUAGACCCUCCAGCCUCAAAUUAGUUUGUACAACUACAGUUCUGGACCAGCCAACGUCUACCAGCCCUCAGAGUUCCUCCCCCACUGUCUUUUACAACGACUACACAUCCAGAUAGAUAAAAUAGACCCUCCAGCCUCAAAUUAGUUUGUACAACUACAGUUCUGGACCAGCCAAUGUCUACCAGCCCUCAGAGUUCCUCCCAAACAGUCUUUUACCAUGACUACACAUCCAGAUACAUAAAAUAGACACUCCAGCCUCAAAUUAGUUUGUACAACUACAGUUCUGGACCAGCCAAUGUCUACCAGCCCUCAGAGUUCCUCCCUAACAGUCUUUUACCACGACUACACUCCCAGAUAGACAAAAUAGACCCUCCAUCCUCAAAUUAGUUUGUACAACUACAGUUCUGGACCAGCCAACGUCUACCAGCCUUCAGAGUUCAUCCCUCACAGUCUUUUACCAUGACUACACUCCCAGAUAGAAAUAGAUCCUCCAGCCUCAAAGUAAUUUGUAAAACUACAGUUCUGGACCAACCAACUUCUACCAGCUCUCAGAGUUCCUCCCUCACAGUCUUUUACCAUGACUACACUCCCAGAUAGAAAUAGAUCCUCCAGCCUCAAAGUAAUUUGUAAAACUACAGUUCUGGACCAACCAACUUCUACCAGCUCUCAGAGUUCCUCCCUCAUAGUCUUUUACCACGACUUCGCUCUCAAACAAAUAGUUAAAGUCAUUUGGAUCACAUCCAUUCUACUUUAGUUUUAUAUUUUCAGAGUAGGUACCUGUUUUUCAUAUCGAUCAGGUACUUUCGAUCCGUCAAAUUGAUACACAUGCUUUACUUUGUAAGGGACGCUUUCUAAAUUCCUGAGCCACCGUUUUCCCACAAUCUUUACCUCACCAUUUUUCACAGUCCAACUAGAGUUGUCAAGGAUUGCCACUAAAUAAUCGCGCCUAGUCUUGCUCCACUGGAAACAAUUCGUCAUACUGUUUAACUAUGACUCUAAUUGUAUAAUACUAAGGCUAUUUUCAGAUUGCCUUAUUUGAAGUACCUAAAUAAUACUCGUACAUUGUUGGGCCUAUUGGCCUUGUAAAUAGUAUAAAAUGUAUUAAAUUGUUAUAAGUAGCUUGUA